AGUUUGAAAAAUGGUCGGACCCUUUAUGCAGGGUGUGCUCCUCAUGGGUAUUAUCUAUUGGUAUACCAAAGGUAUGCUCUCGCUGAUCAACGACUACUAUCGCAACGAAAUUCUGCGUAAGAUACAAACUAACGAACCGCUGAAUGAAUCCGGCGAUUUUAUUUAUGUCGAUCAAAUAGUCGAACAUCAUUUGGCGCAGAUCAACGGUGGGGAGCCACAACAAGGUUUUGAGCAAAURACAAAAGAGUUGAGAAUUAAUAAUACUAGUGAUGUAGAAAUGCAAAAGCAAGAAAUAAAAUAUAAAUACGUGGACAUUAACGGCGUCUGCAUACGUCAGCAACGUCUGCAAGAGUUCUUUAGAUUAGUGAAAGUAACAAAAAAUAUUUGUUGGUUAAAUGAGACGAUUUGGACGACGGCAAUAUGAGCUACCACAAUAUAUACAUGAAAAUAUAUUAAAUAUACUGUACACAUACAUAUACUAUACUUAAAUGCGCCUAAACGUUGGCUUAUAUAAAUGUCUAUAAAAGAAUUUGUUUAAAAAUGUUGCAGGAAAAUAAUCAAACUUAAAAAUGCUUAUAUACAAGCAAUUACAUAUAUAUUAUAUAUUUACUCAAACAUAUUUAUUCACUCUAUCUAACUAUGUAUAAUGGUGUUUCGAAUGCCAUAUCUAAAAUGCGCGUAAUGCGGAAAGAUCUCAAUUAAAUGCCUAGGCAUCUUCUCCAAUACAUAUGUACGCUUUAUACCCUACUCAGUAUAUUCUAUAAUCUAUUCUUAUUGCUUAUUACACAAUAUUUGAUUUUAUUGACAUUAAAGCUUACAAUUUAUCAUCAAUAAUACAAACAUGGUUAUGAAUCAACUUUGCUAAGAACUUAAAUGAUGUUUACGAAUAUACGUAUAAAUAAAUAUACAAAAAUUAUAAAGAAAAUAUUAAAUAAAAACGAAUUACAGUUACUCAUA